AUGGUCCCACCUGCGCACUCUGCUGCCCAGGCGACUUCACAUUCUCCCAAAAUGUCAACAGCUCCCUCAACGUUCCAUCGCACCACUUGUCACUCUCCUAGUCAUCUAAGCACCCUCUCAAUACCAGAUAUUUCUGAGGAUUUGAUGUCUCUAGAUGUUGGCGGAGGCCCAGCCAUUCCAAUCGUCUCUCCUGCAUCUCCUCCUGUAAUGUCUGCUGCUCUCAAUCCCGCCCACAGUCCGUUGCCGAUUAAGCAAACACAGCACUCGUCGAUUGCCAAAUCUGUCAUGAACACACCUGCGAUGACUCGAACCAAUUCCGGUGGGCGCGAUAUCGACCACCUUGCCCCUCCCCCUACUUCUGCAGCUAUUGGACUAGGGUUAAACUUUUCGGAUACGCCAGCCGCUACUGCUCCAAAUUCUCCAAGAAUCCGGGCCACCACCUUAGAUAUUCCGGGUCUCACAAAAUCUAAAGUGUCGCCAGAUGGCCGCAUUGCAAACCGUGAUAUCGGUGCGAAGCUUGUUAUCGUAAUGGUUGGACUUCCGGCUCGAGGGAAGAGUUACAUCACAAAGAAGGUGGCAAGAUACCUUAAUUGGCUUCAGCAUGACACCGAGAUCUUCAAUGUUGGCAAGAGAAGGCGUAUUGCUGCUGGCGCUCCGGAUGGUUUGGUCUCCACCUCAGGACCUGUCACGGCGGCGAAUCUGCUCAAGUUGUCAAAUACCUCAUUUGCCCCACUCCCCCCUCCAGCUAAUGGUCACAAGCGCACCGAUUCCACUGUUAGUGAUAUUGCAGGGGGAUUAGACCAAUCUGCUGCGUUUUUUGAUCCAGCGAAUAAGGCUGCUGCAGAGCUUAGGGAGAAGGUUGCUUUGGAGACACUGGAUGAACUUCUAGACUACGUGCUGCAUCGCGGGUCUAUUGGGAUCUUGGAUGCCACGAACUCAACCUUAGAAAGGAGAAAGGCUAUCGUAGAUAGAGUGAGAGAAGUUGCGGGAAAAGAGUUGGGUGUGCUAUUCUUGGAGAGCGAGUGCCAUGACCAGCAAUUGCUUGAGGCAAACAUGCGCCUGAAACUAAGUGGUCCAGAUUAUAAAGGCCAGGAUCCAGUGAAGGCAUUGGAGGACUUCAAGAAACGAGUUGCUAUUUAUGAAAAGAACUAUGUUACCCUUGGUGAAUUCGAGGAAAAACAGGGAAUGCAGUAUAUCAAGAUGAUUGAUGUUGGGCGCAAGGUGGUAACCCACCAAGUUAAGGGCUUUCUUGGCGCCCAGACUGUUUAUUUCCUUUUGAAUUUCAACCUCGCUCACCGUCAGAUCUGGAUUACUCGCCAUGGGGAAUCCACCGACAAUGUGCUUGGCAAAAUUGGAGGAGAUGCUCCCUUGAGUGAGGAGGGAAAGAAAUAUGCAAAAGCUCUAACAUCUUUCAUGGAACAUCAACGUAGACUUUUCAGGCAACGUCAAUUACAGAAACACGAGUCCGCACACAUGCCCCCUCGUGCCGGUGAUAUCACACCUCCCAACCCUGAAUAUUCCAAGGGAGAUUCAAUGGAUGAGGAUGGCAGGCCUGCAGAGAAGAACUUUUGUGUGUGGACAUCAAUGCUUCAAAGGAGUAUCCAGACUGCCCAAUACUUUGAUGAGGAGGAGUUUGACAUCAAAGAAAUGCGGAUGCUCAAUGAGCUCAGCGCGGGAGUGGCUGAAGGAAAGACAUACAAUGAUAUUAAAUCCAUAUGGCCAGAUCAGUAUGCUUUGCGGAAAGCAGAUAAGCUUCAUUAUCGCUAUCCCGGAGUUGGCGGCGAAUCAUAUUUGGAUGUUAUCAACCGUCUUCGUGCAGUCAUCGUUGAGGUGGAACGUAUGACCGACCAUGUGUUGUUGAUUGGACACCGAGUCGUUGCAAGAGUCCUUCUAGCAUAUUUUCUUGGAUUGGACAGAAAAGACGUUGCCAAAUUAGACGUUCCGUUGGGCAGGAUUUAUGGUCUUGAACCGAAACCUUAUGGGACUCAAUUCAAUACGUAUCAAUACAACCCCGAAACUCAAUGGUUCGAUCAAAUUCCAAAUAGCCAGCUCAUGAGCGAGGAAGGAACGCUUGUCAAGGUCAACAAUUAA